UCUUACACAGGUUGAGCUGUUGUCAUUCUGCCGAGACGGGAAUCAAACUACCAAAUGUAAGGCGAUCGCAUCACUUCUGAUGUAUUAUACACGGAUCUAGACUGUAGACUUCACUACGCUUGUCUUUCUGAUUUUCUCCGCUUAGACGAAACAGCAAGGCGAGAAAAAUGACUGUUACUAUCACAAAAGAAAGCUUCUGCAGUUUAUGCAUUCAGCGUCUUGGAGGAACUGAUUACAGUUAGAAAAAGAAGCAGCUGUGAACGACGGGGACACAACUUGACACAAGCUGAGUGUGUGUUUUCUUAAGCGCGGCUCGGUUGUGGGAGAGAAGUGUGUGAGUGCGUGGAUGCGUGGGGGGGGGAUGACGGGCAGGAGUGGAGGAGCGCCCCGGGGAUGCAGCAACCCCAGCCUGCAGCCCCUCCGAGCCACCGUCCCGUUCCAGCUCCAGAGAGGCUCCGUUCUCCUCUGCAGGGAGCACAAAGCGGUUGACAGAAACGCUGCCCGCCCACCAAGACCCACAAUUCGUCGAACUCUUUCUUUGGAUACAAUCGUUGGACCGUAUCUGCAGGGGCACUGGCCCAAAGAGGCAGAGGGCACACCGGUUGCCUGUGUCAAUGACAAAGCCACUCAGACUCCAUGUUCCUGGACAGAGGAGACCCGAGGAAGGAGAACUGUGGGUGGGCACAAGCGCUCAGCAUCUUGGGGCAGUGCAGAGCACUUGAAGGAGGUGGCCAAACUGAGGCACCACCUGCAAAAACGCUCCAGGAAUGCAGGAUAUGAUCUCCCCCACAUCACAUUGCCGGCAGGACAGGCAGCAGGCAUGACUCAGACAGUGCCCAUGAUGUCUCUGAACAGACUUGCACCGCGGCUGAGGCGGAGCGUUGAGGGUCUCAGCUUGGAGCUGGAGGAAGUGUUUGUGUCUGAGAAACCAGAUGAUCAGCAUGAGAUUUUGGAUAUCCCAGAUGGCCACAGGGCUCCCGUCCCCGCUCAGAGAUGCAGCAGCGGCUCCCAGAGUGAACCCUCUCCAGGACCCCUGGAUCCUUCUCUUCUGUCACCUUCCCAGUCUCCAUGUCCUCUUGAUUUUUCACUCCUGUCUGCUUCUAGUUCUCCAUACCACCUGAAUGCAUCACUUUCGUGCCUUUCCCCGCCACUGUGUCCCAUGUUGGAGCCAGAGCCUGCAGAGUGUGGGGGCUUGCGUCCUUCUCCAUCAACAUCGCUUCCUUCAUUUGCACUGGAACCUCCUCUGCAGCAGCCGUGCUCCUCUUCCCCUCGUCCCAACAAAACGUACUCCUUCCAGCGCGAGCCACCAGAAGGCUGCGAGCGAGUUCGAGUAUGUGGGGAAGCAAUGUCUGCCUAUCAAGAUGAGCAUCCCCUCCAGCCAUCCUGUCCGGACCCUAACAAAGUCAACUUUACCCCCCACGGAGGCUCUGCUUUCUGCCCAGUCAGCCUUCUGAAACCCCUGCUGCCCUCCAUGGACCUCCUUUUUAGCGGCCUGUCCGUGUCUCCUGUCACUGGCUGCUCGGGUCAGACGUCUCCUACCAGGAAUCUGGGCAUGCAGUAGUUGGAAAUCUGAACAGUGUCUCUCAGGACUACACAACAAUGCACUGCUGGAACACUUAAUAAUGUUUUUAUGCAGACUGACAAUUAAGUAUCUCAUUGCUGUGGGUCUGUUGACCAUUACACUCUGUGUGACUGUAAGCAUCGUUUCUGCCAUGCUUUAGGAUAAUGUGGCCUAAAGUUCAGUUGGUUGAUUGAUUAUUUCUACCUAAAGGAUAUUUUUUCUGUUAUUUUUUAAAUCUCACUGAUACUACUUUUAUUCUGGGAUUCCACCGUAAGAGACAAAGAUUAGACUUCAGGAUUUAAUUUGAUCAUGUGUUAGAAAUCCAUGUUUAGAAGUACAUUGCCCUUUUCCAGAAAACAAAAAAGGGAUUUAAUUUGAUAUGUCUGCAAUCUCCCAGGUUUUUGUUUUUUAUUAUUCAUAUCAAAGUGAAUUUAGUUUCAGCAAGCCAAGCACUCACAACGUAUGUAAAUUGCUUUUACAGUCUAUCCAUAACAUGUGAACAUAUUCGUGGUAGAUUUCCAUGCUAAAUGUGUUGAUUAAAAAUUAAUAUUUUAACACUUAUCCCCUACUUUUCUACAGAUGUUAGGAUAGACAAUAUUUAUUUUCUUAUUUUUCUAAGGGUUUACAGUUAUGUAUUUGACAAAGAAAUGUUGUUUGUUAUGUUUGAAAUGCAUAUUACAGGUAGGAUUUGAUGUUUUUAUAGAUUUACUUGCCUAAAAUUGACAUAAUUACAUCUGCAAUGUUAUGUCUGUCCUUCUAGGAUUUUCCUCAAGUGUUGCUGUCUGGAAAUUUUGGAAAAUAAGGGAAUAUGAUUUAGCUAUUUUCCAGCUCUACAUUUUAAGGUUUAGCAUUUCUUAUUUCUAUAAUUUCUCAGAUUCACAUGUUCUGACAAUAUUUUAUGUAUUUCAGCAAAUCACUUUUUAAAUUUACCCUAGAUGGACAAUAGGGAACAACGGUUUUUCUAAAUAUCUCCUGAAUUUAAGGCUUCAAACUAUAUCCCCAUGUUAAAGAUAUGUGAGUAUAAUUGUUGAAUAUCAAGAGAAAAUGUUAUCACCUGAGACCCUAUUACUAACUUGUAAAGCUGAUUAUUAGUGACUAUGUGUUCUCACAUACUCAAAAACGAAGGCUUUGAUGGCUGGAGCCUGAGUAACAAAAAGGCUUGAUGUGGUAGAUGACCCAAAAAUAGAAAUCAUCACAGCUGUUUCCAUCUUUUAGUUGACAGUCAGUGUUGCUUGUUUAUUUUAUUUUAUUUUUUCUUAAUAGAUGUGCCUCUGUUACAAAGUCCAGUAGGAAAUAGAUUGGAAACACUGAGAUUUUUGUUUUAUUUUUAUCCAUAUUUAUUAAGACUUAAACCAAAUUUUAAUUUUCAUACUUUCCUGGACUGUGUAAGUUGGUUUGAAUCGUUCCACGCAGUGUUAAAUAAAGAGAUAACAUACAUCAAAA